AUGCAGAAGCACAUUCGGCAAGCCACUAAAUAUCUGCUGCCAAGCUGUUCUCUUCAACAGGCCGUUGCGCUCGCAGAGUACACUGCUGUCACAGUUCUCGGCGUCAAUUUGACGCACGUGUCUCCAUCCGGUGACAAUAUUUUCGUGAACCCUGGUUGGGCGGCGUCACGGAGGCGCGAAAAGGAGAAAGCUGAAAAAAAAAACGAUGCUGCAGCAGAGGAAAGACCAACUACAGACAAGAAGAGUCACCCAGAACAAGCUGCAUCAAGCAAGGAGCAAAGUCUUUUUUCUGCUUACGAAAAAGGCCAAGCUCUGGAGGAAACUGGGUUUUGCCGGGUCACCGCAUCUGAACUAGAGCGCGAGGCGACGUCGAAUACGACAGGUUUUUGGUCUGAAGAGCUGUUUCAAAGAUACCACGACGGACGCAGUUUUGAAGAGGCGCAUGGACGUACUUUAUGAAAAAGGGGGUUGCUUUCAUCUUGCAGAAUAUCUAGUAGGAUCUUCCUUUGUUUCCUACCAAGUUUAUACACGCAGGAAAGUGUCUGCUGUAUUUGAGAGCUUGCGAAAAUGAAUCGGGGCCUGUAGGCAAAUAUAAUAAAUAUGUUUAAGUACUACAGGAAAGGGGAGAUAGCCAUGAUAACCCCGAGCUCGACGAAGGUCUGCUUAGAAGAUGGAAAAAGCUCCCUCCAUAUACUCUGGAGGACUGGCAAAAAGAAAAAGUCCACGUACCACGAUGGCGCGACAUAAUUUUGCGUCGUAUCAACACAGAGACCACCGACUUUUGGCAUUACACCACGAUGGAAGACCUAGGCUUUCGAGUGGACACCUGGAAAGAUUCGGAAGAUUAUAGUUAUGAUGGGUAGACUACUACUACUACGGCUGAGACCGGAUUUUUUUGAUUUCGCGGUUCAGGAGCUUCAAGGGGCUGUUUAUUCGUGAUAGUUGCAGGUGUGCCUGAACAUGCAGGAGAGAAGUCGGAUAUUGUGAUGAACACAAUGCAGAGAGUUAUAGGGCACGCGCUCAUUGACCUCAAAAAUAUUUUCUUAACAUCUAAUCAUACCAACAAAAUCAAAAACAACACCAUUCUGGUUCUAUGCCUAUGGUCAAAUUUGAGGUUGCAGGAUGGCAGGCACAGGACAGGCCAAAAGCUACUGUAGAGGUGAUCAACGGUGGAGCGCGGGACGAGAUUGUGAUGUCAAUUACAGAGGAGCAAAUCGUAGACCUAAAGCAGAGGCUAGAGGCUUUUCUGUCGAUCAUGCUCACGGAGAUCGAUCUGCUGCUUCAUAUGAACGCGCGUUGGCAGCGGAAGGGGUUUUUUUAUGACAUAGAAGUACUUAGCAAACUAACAAGAAACAAGACAUGAAACUGAAGGGACGCUUGUCCCUACUUCUCCCUACUAGUUGUGAUUUCACAUAUUACGACUCUCGUGCUUGCAACUUUGAUUCGCCUUCGUGAAAAGCUUUCUGCUUCUCUAAUCUUGUGGCACAUUAUUAGCCCUCCCCGAAGCGCGACGGCUGCUGAAAGCCUUGGCCAUAAUCCAACGUUCAAUUUUGCAAGAGUUUUACUGCGGCCGCAUGGAUCUCAAAGGGAAAGCGAGCGUUGCUUUCCAAGGUGAGUGGAAGGUGGAGGCUAGUGUGAUAAAUUUGCUGAGUGGAGGUUUGGGCUUGGAUCUCCUCAAGCAGCAACGGGAAACCAGAGAGCGCAUAGACACUUCUAGCAAGCAACAGGGUUCUUCGAAAACUAAAACACGGAAGAAGCAGAAAAAUGAUAGACCUGAAACUUCUGUUGGUGACCAGGAGGAAGAGCAGAUCCCGAACGGUGAGGCAGAGCCAUCCUCUAGCUCUACAAAGGUUACCUCCACGACUGAAAAAGAGGACCAUAAAAGUAUCAGUGCCGCGAGAAUACGAACAGCAGUACAAAAACAAGAGUCCUCCUCGGUCUCCCCCCCAACAACGUCUACGCAUAAAAGGGCGAACUGGGCUGUGAUGGCGAAUGGACAGAAGCGUCGUGUCAAUGUCGCUAAGUUUUCUGAAAAACGCCUGUCCUCAUCCUCUUUCUUUGCAAAGAGAGUAUCGAAGAGAUUUGCGUUUGUAUCGGUCAUGUUUGACAAUAACGAAGUGGACGUCUACAUCAACGCUCUCAGGACACUAGCGCGGUCGCUUUUCAGAUUAUGAGCAUGUGUCUUCACUGAUUCUAAUUCGGUAACGGAGAUGAUAAUGAAUACUUCUUCUAAUAGAUAGAAAUACGCUCUUUUUAUCUGAAGCUGAUGAUCUUUCUCCUAUCGCUUCUCUGUACUAGAAUAAGAAGUUGUUAUUCAGGGCUUCUACUAGAACCACAGGGCAGCUCUCUCUGAAAAUCUCAAGGGAGAAUUCUCUAACCCCAGUACACCGUGGAAAAUACGGAUUUGUGAUUCUCUCCGAUGAACGCUUGUCGGAAACUACAGAGAAAAAGCUGUUGAGAGAACCUCGCUACAAUCUAGAGGUCCGAAAAGUUCCUGCGAGUGAAAUAGCAGAAAAUCCUAGAUUUGGAGUCGAGGAUGAAGAGGAGGAAAGCAGUAUACCACCAGCACCACGUGGUGAAGAAGGUGGUGAAGACGGGAAAGCCGGAACUUUUUCAGAUGGUGCAGCCGCAGCGUCUAGUUCAGAUCAUAGCGGGGCAACGGUUUCAGAUGCUGCAGCAGCAACGUCUAGUUCAGAUACUAGUGGAGGGGCAUCGAACUCGCAGGUCGCAGCAGAAGCAGCAGAACUACCCUCAGGUGAAGAAGUACAGACGGCGAAGCCAAAAAAGAUUGAUUGGUGGUACGAGAGGCAGACUAGGCCAACGGCAGUGGGGUUUUAUCGAUGGAAACUACUGGAAUUUGAAAAAGUGAUCUUCCUAGAUGCGGAUAUGCUUCUUCUACUUAUGGAGGUAAGUGAAACAAGUGCAAGAAAAAUUGCACUAUUUACCGAUGUUUCAGUUCACAGUUUUACCCGACUGAGAUUGAGAAGAUUUUCGCGGUAAUAAUAUAAUAAUGCAUCACAUGAUUGUCCACAAAGAACUCAUUUACAGUUUUCUGCGACGUAGUGAGUAUUACACAAGUUCAAGUAAUAUUCGAAUAUCGAUCUUGAUCUUGAAUGACGAUUAUGGCCUAGUCUAAUCUACGCCCGAUCGAUGAGUUGUUUCAAGUAACAGCGCCGCUGGCCAUUGGGAUCACUCCGUUCGCCACUUUUCGGCUUUUCGCGGACAUGAAUCGCUUUCCCUAUCUGAACAUAGGCGUUAUGGUGCUCACGCCGAACGAGGUGUUUUUUCGGACUCUCAUGUUACGGCGUUAUUCUAUACCGAUUACGAUUUACUUGCACAGAAUACCACAACUACAUGGUUUGUGGUGUCCUGAGAUGAUCAAGAAAGUACUUUGGUACAAUUAUAAUCAAAAGUGAUAUCAUUCGCUCUAAUAACUUACGCGCUCGAAAAUCCUUCUUCGCCUGUCAUACGGGACACAAGACUCAACCGCUUGUUCGAGAAAGGACUACAGCAGCCUUGGCUAGUUAAGACUUCUUCGGAAAUCCAUCUUCAGAAGCAUCUUGGACCUCCCGUGUAGGACGGAAACGGGCCCAAGACGGCUUUCAGACUCCAGGUGUAUUCCCAGAUGAAGGUCUAACCUAGACAACUUUUUGGUGCGGAACCAGGUACGCUUGGGCUAUGUACGCUUCGAGCCUUUGGGUACGGAACCAGAAUUGGCGCGCAAAAGGCGUAAAUUCUUCUACUAUCCAGAACUCAGGAGAAAGGAACUAGGUGAUGGGGCGACCAGUGGAGAGGUAGAACAAGAUCAUAUGAGCAAGAAGAGCAAUGAGCACGACAGUAGUAGAGUGGUAGAGGACAAUAACAUAUCGAAAGAGCAGGCGAAUGAAAAUGGUGUCGAACAAGUAGAACAAGAUGGAGAAAACGGUCUUGGGAAUCGGGUGGACGAGACAAAAAAUGUGAGUCCACCUGAAGCGGCGGAAGAGCGUGGUUACUCCAGCGACGUGACUGAUCCGCGUAUGCUUGCUUUGCAUGCUCCACCGGGUGGUCCUUGGCUGAAGUCAACAGGACGAGGAGAUGCGCUACGCAGCUCUGCGGGAUCUUCACCGGAUGAGGGAUCACCGGAUGAGGACUUGGCAGACGACGAAGAGGACGAUAGAUCAGACAGCAAUCAAGUGCCGCUUACCUUUGUCGGGUGCGAUGAGAACUUCGCCACGCGAUGGGAACACGGGGAGCUGUUAGGCCGUGGGGCAUUGCUUCAGCCCGACACGGUACGUUAUUAGAGGAUACAUAGUGCCGAUCUUCUCGUUGAUAGUACUAGUGAUAAUCUUGGGAUUUUGAAUGAUGUAAAGACCCAUAGAUGCUGGUAAUGCGGCCAUAAGUCAUGUUCAUCUUGCAUUGAUACAUGAACAGGUUAUCUUAUCACUCCGAAGCCGAGACACUCUGCUCGAGCGCGGAAAGGGAUACCCCACAGAUGCCAACAGCAUUCAGCGGGUGUAUUUCACCUCACUAAGGCAGAUCGCACACAAAAGUGAGGAUAUACAUAGACACAUCCAGAAUGGAUCAAUGGUGCUAUUCUUGUUUGCCCAUGAGACUCUCCUCCUACCGUGAUGUAUCCUAGUAACAUAGUGUCCUCGUGAAUUUAUCUUCUAACUCCAGAAGGCCGUUCCUCCGAGGUUGUUGAGCGGGAUUUAGCGCGCAUGGGCUAUUCCAACCACUUAGUUUUGCCCUAUCACUGCGUACUGCCCAUGGAGUACAAUUUUCUAGUCGAGUACAAGACCGGAACCCAGCUAUUGGACAUGGUCUGGAAUGAGCACAUUACCAAAGAGCAAGAAUGGGAAGCGAAGUUAUGUUAUAUUUAUAACAUUGUUAAUAGGAGGGUAAUUCUUCAGAUUUAUUUUGAGGAUUGGUUGCGUACUAUUCAUGCUUAUGCUACAAGAAGUGCAGGAAAAUCUUACUCCGUCUGACGUACACUGGCGCCACUGCUGUAGGACGUGGAGACGAAUCUCUUCUGAGUAAAUCGUAGUUAACAAGUGGUGUAUGAGCAUCCAGUGAAGAGUUUAAGUUUUUCUUCUGAGUCAGAAGUUAUCAAAAGAGCUAUCUAUCAAAGUAGUAGCAGAGUCACACUCACAUCUUGCUCAUUAUUCCAGAAGUUAUCAGAAGAGCUAUCAUGCGUCGAGUGUGUGAUCAAAUCGUAUCCAUCAACUAAUUCAUAAGUGAAAAAAGAUAAUAGUAAUCCUUUAGAUGUGUGAUUUGCCUCCAGCACUUCAUCUAAGUACUAGUAGAGUCACUUCUACACGUAGUACUAGUACUAGUACAGAGUCACUUCUACACUCACAUCUUGUUCAUUAUGCGACGAACGACGUUACGAAAGGCACUUACGCGAAGAGUUUGGACCAGAGACGCGGUUCAAUGUGACUCGCGACUUGGUGGCGUUCACCCAAAUGAGCCUACCACCGAAAGUGCUUCACUGGGCAGGAGAGAAUAUUAAGGUUGUAUUGUAUUGCAUUGUAUUGUACUGCAAAAUAAGCAGGUAGGUUUUGAUAUAUCGGAACUCGCUCACGAUACAAAAAAAAAAAAGCGAGAUUAGUUGUAUUGUAUUGUAUUCAUUCUGAGUGAAGAUUGGGGGACUGGGGGACUCAAAAAAGCCACAUGUUGAUAUCCCAUCCAAGCUUUAGAAGAGCAGUGUCAUAGUGGGAGAAGUUAUACUGAAGUGUUGCGUACUUCUUUUUACAAUUCGAGUAUAUUUUUUCUCCUACCAUCAGUGUAAAUGUGGGUCAUGUUGUCAGACAAUGAUUUUUGGAUUCUUUAGUCAGUGAGAUCCUGAUCACCGUCAUCGUGAUUCUUCUAAUUUUCGAAAGCCCUGGGAGCGCAUUCAUCCCUUGUCGCGGAGUCAAUUUGAUCAACUAUGGUGGGAUGAGUUUGAAGGUAUGCAAGCGGAAUUGGAGUAGAUAUCCAUCCAAGGACACUGAGAGGUGAAAAUCUAGAUGACUUACCGAGAUUCUACAUUGGUUCUACAGCUUGGUUCUACAGCUUGGCUUUACGGCUUGGCUCUUUACAACUUGGUUCUACAGCUUGGCUCUACAACUUGAUAUGAGGACACUAAAUUAAAUGUGCCCACUUGAUUAUCUUAGUUCGUGAUCCUUGCUGAUAGAUAGAUGAAUAUAUAUUUGCAAGAAUGUGAUUCGGAAGGUGAAGGGAAGAGUCAAAAUGAAACAUAGCUGCAAUAGAACAGUUUGUUCUCGCAUGCUAGAGAACUAUGCAUUUGCAAAAAGGGAAGAGACAAGAACGUAGUGCAGCACACCUUGUGCACGAACUUGCUAAAGCGUGGCAGGAAC